AUGAGCAGGAGGACGGGAGAUCAAGUCAGGAGGAGCACUGGAAAGGAUGAGCAGGAGGACGGGAGAUCACGGUUCCAGCAACAAGAAAAAGGUUUUAAUGUCCAUUCUCUGCGGCUUCGUGACGAGUUAAGAAACAAGGUAUUUUUUCAGGAGGAAAUUGGAUGGAUCAGGGCCUAUGGGAAAAUGAAGGCCAUGGCAGAGUACACCAGUAUUUGGAUGGAAUGGCAAACUUUCACCACCAAUCUAGAACCUUUUCUUUCCAUCGCUAAAGGCAAAAGAGUUGAUAAAAAGGGAAGUUCAACUGUCACUUCCUCAACACUCAACCAUCAGUUCUUCAUUUGCCCACCUACCCUUGGAAGGCUGCUCCCCCCAGCUCUGCCAUCUCCCUCCCCGUCCCAAGUCCCUGCCCUCACGGCAAGCUCUGUGCUCUCUCCAGAAGCAACAUCACUGAAGUGUGUAACAUGCCACCUUCGCACACCGGCAGACCACUGCAGAAGAGGCUUCGGUGUUUGCCAUGCUCAGAAGUACGAAUCAUGCAUGAGCCUAAGGAUCUACUCCAAUAACACUCUCCAAAUAUCAUACAUGGUGUGUCAGAGAUUCUGCAAGGACUUGACGUACAACUUCAACAAUCGGACUUACAUCCAUAAAUGUUGUAAUGACGAUUUUUGUAACUUCAGAAUCUAAGAUAUACCCCAGACCUCAUUGUAGAAGCUCCAGAUGUUUUUCUUCCUUUACACUCUACUUACCCUGCCUUUCUGCCCCGUAUGCAUCGAGGAUACUCCUGCUCCUCCUUAACUCCACAUCAUCCUUCCUGGUUCCUCCAGCUUGGAUCUCUCUUUGGGCAGGGGAUGAUAAGGGAUCAUGGUUUUAAACAAUAGAUUUUUUCCUAUUACUAGAAUUGGCAUCUUUAUCUACUAAAAGACCUGUCCCAAGAAACUCUGCACAGUAAGAUAUGAAAUGGGACCCUAGAACUCUUCACUAGCUUAGAUAAUUGAGGUGGACCAGAAAGCCUUCAAUGGAAAACUCACAAAUAUUUUUAAUUGAACAUCUCAUGAGUCACCACGAUGGUUAAGCUGAAACAGAACAAAGUGGAGGUGGGCACUGAAGAUUUUGCUCUGUGAAUGCCAAGUUUUUUUUUUCCUUUGGCAGACAGUGCCCAUUUCAGACUCAGUCAUUCUGAUUUUCUUGGCAACUAAAGCACAUUCUCACACAUUUUCACAGGGCAUUGCAAACACAGGACUUUUGUCCUCUGUGGCAUUCCAAGAUCAAAUGAGGCCAUGACUAUUCCUCUACAGAUGCAUGUCAAAAGCACAUUACAUCACUUUUAGUCUCCAUCCUUUCCUAACCUUUCUCCAUUCUUUUCCUCCUUUGUCAGCCAUCUCCUCACCUUCUAUGGCAACAUGCACUCUCCCAGUAAGAGUGGGCUGUCCUUCAAAUCUUUUUCCAGUAUGUCCCAUGGCUCCUGAGCAGGCAGCCUUCCAGGGCUCCUCAUCUGUGGUGCAAAUUGGUCACACUCAGGAACAUCUUUAUCCUCCCCACAGCAUCUCCCAUGAGCCUUAGGUCAACAUGUAGAGCACAAUGGACUUAGGUCUUCAGUCCUUUACUACCUGUCUAUAAAUAAUAAACCCACUUCACAUAAUUGUGUACUAGUGUGUUCUUUCUCAGUGGACCCACAUAGGUAACCCAUGCAUAGUGGGUAUGAACAGCAGCCCAGGAUUCAAUGGGUGCAAUUACUCAACUGCUGUUUCUUACAGUUGGCAUAGUGAUGAUCUUUGCUGUUCAUCACAAGUGGGAGUCCUAGUUGGGGAUCUUUUGUAUGUUGAAAUCCCUCCCUCUGGAAUCUAGCAUGAAUAUGACUUCUAAGAGCCUUAUGAUUACAGAUAUUUCUCUAGAUUUCCAGUUGUCAAGUACUUAGCAACUAUUCACGGGAAUCCUUGUGAGUUUGAGAGCUAUAACUAAAUUUUGGGACCCAUGGGUCCCAAAUCAUAUUGCCCCAACAGAGUGUUAAAAACUUUAUUAGUUUCUUCUAUUCAUCCAAAGUCUGUCUGUGCAUUGCAAGCCCUUCCUUCCCUCUACUGAGAAAGUCUUGGGGCUGUUGUCAAAUAAAAAGGUUGUUGUUGGUCUCUAUUCACAGAAGAGUUCAUCCUUUCAAAAUGAGAUUUUUCUUUUGAUUUGAAUUUACAUGUGCCCAAUAUCACUUAAGGAUAUUUGAUUUUUCAGUUUGAAUUAAAAGUCCUGUGAAGCACCUAAUAAAACCUUCCCUAACUUUCAGAAUGAAAGAGAGUAAAUUAGUCAGUCAUUACAUGACUUUCACUGCCUAAGAAAUUGAGCUGUUCUGGAAACUGCAAAUUGGGGUGUCAUCAUCUAGCCUUAAGCUGCCAGAUACCUUAGGGGAUAUGAAAUUGGAAAGAAGAAGCCUAAAAAAAACCCACACAGAAGAACACAGACAGCAUACUGGGUGUACUCAUUCACACAUCUGCUGGGCCACAGAUGUACCUACAGGACAUCUCAAGGAACAGACUGUGCAUGCAUUCACCCCAAGGCAAAGCAGAGUCCUGGCUAGAGCCAGCACUGAAGCGGGGCGUGACAGGGAUGGGAUUACAACAGUUGCUAAGGAAGCAAGAAUUUCAAAGUGAUAAACCUGUCUCCCCACUUUUAACCAUCUGCUUUUUGCAUUUCAUGUAUUGACUUAGUGGGAUUUUUGUAUUUGCUUUGAGAUGAUCUCAACCUCCUGUGUGCACAUGCCACCAAAAUAAAUGAAUAAAUAAAAAUUGAGAAAAUUUUAUGCAUGGAUGAAACUCUCACAAAAUAAAAAUUGAAAAAAUUGAAAUAAAUUUUCAUUUGAGGGCUUCUCCUACUUAGCUUCAGCUCAUAUAGUUAUAUGAGGGAGUCUCAAAACAAUUGGGAGGUUGCAUUGAUCAUAUUGGCCCGUGGGUAUGUCUGCAGUACAUUUUCUUGAUUGCCAAUUGAUAAAGGAGAUCCAAGCCCACUGUGGUCAGUGCCAUCCCUGGGCAGAUGGCCCUGUAUUGUGUAAGAAAGUUGCCCAAGCAUGAGCCAGAGAGAGCAAGCAAGGAAGCAGUAUUCCUCCAUAGUUUCUGCUUCAAUUCCUGUUUGAAUUCCUGUUCCAAUUUCCCUCAAUGACAGAUUGUGACUUAGAAGUACAAAAUGAAAUGAACCUUUUCCCUCCCAGCCAAACUAGAGUAUUUGAUUUUUAUUGGUUUAUCCAUUUUCCUGUUAUGACUAUGUAUGGAUCUUUCCCUACAAUACUCCAUAUCAUCACAAACUCCAGAAGUGCACUUUUCCUAUGUGAAAGUUUAUGACAAGUCUUUUUGAAUAUUCAUCAUGAAUUUUGGGCCAUUUCAAUUCUAACCUUUUCUAUAUUGUCUUCUUUCCUUAAAAAAUGUACUUAAUGCAAUCAAUCUCUGUGCUAACUCAUAUAAACUUAUGUGUUUUAUUGGAGUCUCGUCAUCUUUAAUACCACAAAGAAUAUUUUUGUUGACUAUUUGAGAGUAAUUGAUGGCACAAUCUUUACAAGCCCUGAGUUCUUCAGUAUGUUUCCUAAAAACAACAAUAUUUCCUCCAUAUCCACAAGGUGUUCAUCACAAUCACCAGAUUAUGACUAAAAUGAUGUCAAAGCAUCUACUGGCUAAGAUUCAACAAUUUUUCAGUAACAUUUCUUUAAUAAAAUAUUUCAAACCACAAUCACAAUAUCACACUUAGUUACCACAUCUAACCAGUCCCUCCAGUCCAAAAUAGUUUCACAAUCUUUCUGUUUUCAUGGUCUUGAUAUUUGAACAUUUUUACAGUUCCUCAAAGUGGAUCAGUCCACAGUGUCUGCAUGAUUACAUUCAGGUGGUGGAUCUGCAAUCAGGAACAUCACACAAUGAUGAUCACAGAAUGCUGUGUUCUUCCCAGUACCUCCCAUCCACAGGCAUGUGAUUCUCUCUCAUCACUGAAGAUCUCGACUGAUGACAAAGUGGUUUCUCUUCUCCAGAAUCAUUCACUUUGAAGAGUCAAGUCAAGAUGGUGGAGUGGAAGACGGCU